AUGGAAGCCUCAAAGAUAUUACUAUUCUCCUCGAUAUCAACCUCAAAGUUACACACAAACCAUUCAAAUCACCCACUUAGAAAGCUAAAAUCUCAUCAAAUGAGACUAAAACUCAAGAUCACGAGCAUGGCAAAAGAAGAAACCGACACAAACAUCGGCAUAGCAGAAAAAGCAGCAAUAGCAGGACCAGGUGGAUCAAUUGGUGCAUUAGAAGGAAUAAGUUAUCUUGUUGUUGUGGGAAUUGUUGCUUGGUCUAUAUAUACAAAAUCAAAAACUGGUUCUGGUUUACCUAAUGGUCCUUUUGGGUUACUUGGUGCCGUUGAAGGGCUGUCAUAUUUGGCAUUGGUUGCAAUUGUUGUUGCUUUUGGUUUGCAGUAUUUUGAACAAGGGUACAUUCCUGGUCCUCUCCCUGCUGAUCAGUGCUUUGGCUAG